AUGCAAGUGAAGACUAAGACUUCAGCUAAAUAUGGACUUGAAGCCCAGCCCCGAUUAGUAGACAUCAUCGCUGCUGUUCCACAACAAUACCGUCGUGCUCUGGUGCCUAAACUAAAGGCCAAACCUAUACGCACUGCCAGCGGGAUCGCAGUUGUGGCUGUGAUGUGCAAACCUCACCGAUGUCCACACAUCACCUUUACAGGCAACAUCUGUGUCUACUGUCCUGGCGGACCAGAUUCAGACUUUGAGUACUCUACUCAGUCUUACACGGGUUAUGAGCCAACAUCCAUGAGAGCCAUCCGAGCCCGUUAUGACCCCUACCUUCAGACUAGGCAUCGGGUGGAGCAGCUGAAGCAGCUGGGUCACAGUGUCGACAAGGUAGAGUUCAUCGUGAUGGGUGGGACCUUCAUGGCUUUGCCUGAGGAGUACAGAGACUAUUUCAUUAGGAAUCUACACGAUGCAUUGUCAGGACACACCUCCAACAACGUGGCUGAGGCUGUCAGGUACUCUGAACACAGUAACACCAAGUGUGUGGGGAUCACUAUAGAGACACGGCCUGACUACUGCCUGAAGCGUCACCUCAGUGACAUGUUGGGAUAUGGCUGCACCCGCCUGGAAAUAGGAGUCCAAAGUGUAUAUGAGGAUGUGGCCCGCGACACCAACAGAGGCCACACAGUGCGAGCCGUGUGUGAAUCGUUCCAACUGGCAAAGGACGCCGGCUUCAAGGUUGUCGCCCACAUGAUGCCAGACCUGCCCAACGUUGGCAUGGAGAGGGAUGUAGAGCAGUUUAUUGAGUUUUUUGAGAAUCCAGCUUUCAGGCCAGAUGGUUUGAAACUGUACCCAACCCUGGUGAUCCGAGGCACGGGGCUGUAUGAGCUGUGGAAGACUGGCAGGUACAAGAGCUACACACCCAGUGCCCUGGUGGACCUUGUGGCCCGAAUUCUGGCACUGGUGCCACCCUGGACACGAGUCUACCGGGUACAGAGGGACAUCCCCAUGCCAUUGGUGAGCUCCGGAGUGGAGCAUGGCAACCUGAGAGAGCUGGCACUGGCCCGGAUGAAGGACAUGGGCACCGAGGUGAGACUCAAAGACCUCUCAUAUUAA